GUGUAUCCACCUAAUCCCCUCACUGUCGCACAAGACUCAUUCUUUCCCCCCUCCCCCCUGGAAACAAAAGCAAAGACACCUCGAGUAUCUUUCGACGCGGUUGGCCACAAAUUCCAGCCGCAACCUAAAACGAUUGGUUAUCUCCUUCUGAGCGAUAUCCUGAAGCCCUCCCUCCACGGUUUCCUCGAUUUCAAACCCAGGCCCUCACUCACCCGGACCCGGGCGAUCGCUCCAUAUAAGAUUGCACGCACCCGGUCACUACAACGUACCUGGUUUUAAGGAAGGAAGUAUGGCGACAGCGCUGAAUUAUCAGCCUUGCAUACUUCCUUAGUAGAGAAUACGGCAGAUAAAGCCUGGCUCUACAUGCUGAAUUACCUGAUAUGUCGACGACAACAGUUUCGAAACCUUCGCCUUCAGGGUCAUGGAGCCCUGGAGGCUUCCCUUCGACCACACCCAGCGGAAAGCACGAAAUUGCCACACCGCCUUCUGUGGGCCAAGCUGCAACGCCCUUCCGGGCUGGAAACAAUAAUAUCGAUUCGCAGCCAUUACGUGACGCAAGUCCCAGCUACUUCAACAUAGUCGGCGAUACUAGCACAUUUCAUAUUCAUUUCCCCCCCCAGAUCUCUAGAGAUGCCACACCCCUGGUACAUCCCAGCAUCUAUACAAGGGGUCAGAGGCCCUUCCAAUCAACACCCGGGCCGGACGUUUCAGGCUCGAAUAUCCUCCCCGCGAGCUGGCAAAGUUUGAGUACAUUGUCUACACAGCACCAUGAUAGUGACAAAACCUCCGGCGUGGCGGCGACACCGUUCUACACUCCCCCAGCGUGGCCAUGGAAGGGGCAGUUUGGUAACGCUGAACAAACCCCAGUACGGGAAAGCCAAAAGUUGAUUCAAAAAGAAGGACACCAGCUGAAAUCCCCCCAGGACCGGAAAUCUAGCCCACUUCAACCACCAAUACCGACAGUCCAUGUCACACGUCCUGGCCCAUCACGCCCAUUCGACCAGGGCAGCCUACCAGCAACGGCAUCUGCGCCAGCGCUCUCCCCGUACGGUUCGGGCCUACCAAGUCUUCAACGAUCCGAGACCUCUCCGGCGUCAGUUGACAAUGGUAGCGUAAAGAUGAUUUCGAGUCAAUGCUGCAAAGAUUUGUUAAGCACCAAGUCGGACGUGACUCUGGUAUUAGAUAUCCGCCCCUAUCCACAGUAUUCUCAGGGUAGAAUUAAAGGUUCUCUGAACUUGUGCAUUCCGACAACCUUACUUAAGAGGCCGUCAUUCAAUUUGGAGAAACUUAAAGAUACCCUUGCAGGUGACGACGAAAAAGAAAAAUUCUCCAAUUGGCACAAUAGCUCGCAGAUUGUCGUGUACGACGCGGCUACAACCCUUAUCAAAGAUGCGUCUGCUCUGGUAAACGUCCUAAAGAAAUUCACAAACGAAGGAUGGAGUGGAGAACCAAUGAUUUUGCGGGGAGGAUUCUCGCAGUUCUCCGUCCAGUUUCCGGACUUAGUCGAGAAAAAACCAGACGAAACUCCUAUGAAACCACCAAAGCAACCUUUAUCCAUUAGUCUAUCAUUUUCAGGACCAUCGUCAAUAUCGGGAGGAUGUCUUAUUCCCCCGUCUACACCCUCUCUCAAUCCAAUGUACAACAGUAUUCGCCAGAGUACUGAAUUGGUGAAUGGAGUUGGGCAAAUACCCAUAAAGCUUCCAUCAACACUGACAGAGCGAGCGAGGAACUCAUUGCCUUCAUGGCUCGCCAAGGCAGCUGAUGUUCAGGACAAUGGCAAAUCAGUAUCCAACAAAUUUCUGGCGAUUGAAAAAGCAGAGCAAUGCCGCAUGCAAGAAGCAUUGUCGGAUUCCGGGACAUACGGCAGCGCGACAGCACAAGGCUCAAAGUCGUCCUAUCGUAUUGCAGGACUUGAACAGGGCAAUAAGAAUCGAUAUAACAAUAUUUAUCCCUAUGAACAUUGUCGUGUUAGAUUGGGAAGUACCGUCCAGGGGUCCUGCGACUAUGUAAAUGCGAGUUACGUGAAGGCCAGUCGGUCGAACAAGCUUUACAUUGCCACGCAGGCGCCGCUUCCAAGCACAUUCAAGGACUUUUGGCACGUCGUUUGGGAGCAAGAUGCUCGAUUGAUCGUCAUGUUGACUGCCGAGUCGGAAGGGCUGCAACUGAAGUGCCAUCCGUAUUGGCAAUCAAACGCUUAUGGCCCAUUUAGGGUGACACUGAUGAAUGAAUAUAAAGUCCCUCUACAUGUCCCACCGCUAUCUCCAAACAAACGCACACAUAGCCGGCGGGAGUCAACAGGUCCGAGUUCGUUCGAGGAGCUCUAUAUGAUCGUCCGGCACCUCACCAUAAUCCACGAAUCUCUACCUUUUGAGCCCUUACGGGAAAUCACACAGAUCCAAUACUCGCACUGGCCUGAUUUCGGCACCCCUUCCCGGCCGGCGCAUCUCCUUCGAGUCAUUGAAGAGACGAACAAAUUUUCAAACGCCAGUAAUGGCAGAGGGCCGGAAUGCAUACAGGACCCCGAGCCUCCAGAUCCACGAAAGAUCGUCGUCCACUGUAGUGCAGGCUGUGGUCGAACAGGCACCUUCUGUACAAUUGACAGUGUUAUUGACAUGCUCAAACGGCAAAGGAGACGUGGUGAAGGUGAAGAUGGCUGGGUGUACCGUGAUGACCUCGAUUUGAUAGCCAGCACAGUCGAAGAUUUCCGUUGCCAACGACUGAGUAUGGUGCAAAGCCUACGGCAGUUUGUAUUAUGCUAUGAAAGUAUUCUAGAAUGGUUGGCGUCCCAGCCGGAAAAUAAAGAGAAUUGACAAUAAUCAGGUUAAAAGAUUGGAGGAUCGGUGUUCAGCAUAAUGAUUUGUUCUUUUGGCAAAGGUAUUGCAUCUUUCUGGAAGCAGGAUUGGUGGUGUUUGGGGAAGUGGGAUCAAAAGACCUAUGUUCAGCCUUGUUACCUACUACCUACUACCUACAGCAUGCUCAUGGAACCCAACGUGGGGUUUGAUUCUGAGGGACGAAUGUCCACCACCUGAUGACGUUAUGAACCUAGAAUCCUUACAGUGUAUUCAGCAUUCUUUGCUAUGUUUUUGCUUCUGUUCUUUGCUAGCAGCAGGACAGCUGGCUAGUUAAAUAGUAUUCUUUUCGGACGAUUGCGAGGUAUUGUUAGCUAAUUAGUCGGAUAGACUUGGGUGUCUAAACUCUGCGCGCUCAUCCAGUGUUGCUCC